CUUUGGAAAAAAUAUGUAUAUCAAGAUGAAUAGGCUAUCGCAAUGUGUUUUAAUCUUGGUGGUUUCGAACAUAAUUUAUGCUGAUGCUUGGUUAACACGAUCAAGUACACCAUGUUCCAAAGAAGAGAUGGAAGAACCAAUCCAAAUUUUCUACAAAUUUAUUGAAUCUCUCCAAUCCAAAGAACUUAAAAAUGCACAAACAUUGGUGGCACAACUCUUAGAAGACUUGCAUGAAAUACCAGAUCACUUAGAGAAGAUAAAUAUUACUUGCGGAGAUGAGAAAACAGAAAGUAUUAAUAAACUUGUUGAAUUGAUUGAAAACAUACGAACUGUACAAAAUAUCGUGCAAGCGUUAGGUAAUAAUAAUUACGAAGAAGCAAAAACUUUAAUUGAAGCUUUCCAUUGCCCACAUUUGGUCCAAUUCACAGUUCGAUUGAGCUAUAUGAGCUAUAAAACUUUGGACAAAGUUGUAGAAUUACUGAAAGUUUUAGAGAAUAUGAAAACCAUUAACAUGGUAAACGAAGCACUGAUCUAUGUCAUAGAUGAUACAAAUAUUGGAGCAAGUAGCACAAUUAUACCUUUAAUGAAAAAACAAAUUCUGGACAACAAGGAAAAAAUACCUGCUGAUGUAUUGUUGGCAGCAAAAUUAAAUAUGAAAGAGAUGGUCAAGAUUACAUCUGCUGAUUGUAACAAAGGUUUUAUAGCAUUGAAUAAAAUUGAUCCAGAGAUGGCAGACCAAGCAUUUUAUGAAGUUGUAUUUCAAAAUGUUACAGAAACAUAUGUGAAUUUCAAAAAGUUGGACUUGGCACCAAACACCCACUUUUAUGUUAUCGGUUUGGAAGCAUUUUACGAUAAACUCGUAGUUUUGGAAAUGCAAAAUUCCAUUUCCAUGGGUAAGGUGGUGAAAUAUGCUAAAUUGGCUCCAAUCAAACCCGAUCUUGAAGAAGAUUCUAAGGCCAAAAAAAUUUUAGAAAAUAUUUUGGAUAAUGCUCCCGAAUUCGCCAAAAAAGUUUCGGAAAGCUACGUAUGUCAAAAUUUUGAACAAAUCAAGUCUAUUGUCAUAGGUCAAGAAGUGCAACACUCAGAACAUAAUGAGUACACAGUUUUCUACAAUCCAGAGACACCUGAACUCUUCAAAGGAAAAUUCAUUGAACAACAAGAAGGUGAAUUGUUAAUGAUAAAUCUUGAACGAAGCUACGGACCAAAAACGGUCAAAUACUCAAUAGUGAUGGAAAAUGGUGUUUACCCAGAGAAUAUUUACAUGUCAGGAAAAAUUUUAUCUAAAAAGGUUUAUGCAAAAAAAUCGGCAACAUUUAAAGAACUUUGCGUAAUGGAACCUGAACCAAUUGCCCAAAUUUGUGCAAAAUUGGAAAAUACGAUGACUCGGGAAGAUCACACACAGGCCAGAAGAGAACUAUAUAACAAUUUUUUAGAUUACGUUAAAAAAUGCAGAGAAUAAAAAUAAUUGUUAAUAAUUGUGAUAAAACUACUUGUAAGAAAAUAAAUUUUAGAACCAGGCAACUUAAACUCGUAUGCUUAUAUUUCACCAAUAAAUAAAGAUAUAUCGUCUGGUA